AAUUCAAAUCUAUUUACAAAGGUGGUGAUGCAGUUUUUCUCGCUGUCGUUAUCCAUGUUUGCAGGAAAAUAGAACUACUAAAAAUUGACUUGAUCAACUAUGGCGUAAACAACCAAAAUAUAAUAAUGAAAUACUACAUCGUAGUGGAUCAAGUCGUAUUGUGACUAAAGACCGAAAUUAUUAAGUAUCGUGCAUCGUGGACCUCUAGACGAUUGCAAUAAUGUCAUGGAAUGAUGAUAUCGCUUACGCUAUGAAUCCCAUCAAAUUCUUAACUCCAUUAGGCGUUUGGCCGUUGCAAAAAUAUAAUACAUCUUCUUUAGUCCGUUAUAUCGUGUGUAUCAUCAAUAUGAUCGUGAUGACGAUUGUGAUGUUCCUUGAACUUAAUUUCGGUAACGACGAUGCUUAUAUAAAAAUCCAUGCUCUUUACGCUAUAUAUAGCACCGUACUCUGUAUACUAAAGCUGUUGACUUUCCGCUUAUACGCCGACAAUUUGACUCGCAAUUUCUCUUCUGCUGUAAAUGACUAUCUUGCAAUCGAUAACAAAGAAAAGCGCAUCAUCAUGAGACGGCACGCAUUCAUGGGAAGGAUGAUUUGCUAUAGUAUCGUACUUCUUAUUUAUUUAGCAGUUUUAAUUAUCAUUCUAACACCUACGAUAACAAGUUAUAGUGAAGCCAUCCAAGUUAAUGUAACCAUCAAGAUUCAUGUCUCAGAAUUACCCGUGCCCCUAACAUUUUUAGGAGACUUCCAAAUCCCAACGAAUGUAUACUUAGCAUUAUCUAUGAUGGAAUUAUUGAUAUGCAUAAUCAAUGCCACCUGUAAUUGUGGUAAGAAACUAAUUAUUAAUACAAAGAAAUUUGCAUACAACGUAUUGUUUGAAUAUAAUUUGAAGAGUUUUGCUUUUUAUAAAAUUUAUUAAUAAGAAUCUUAGUUUUUUUAUU